AUGCGUCUAUUUCUCAAGGUCUGCAGCAGGAAUGUAUUAACACAUCCCCGGCGGCCAGUUAUCAGCCAUUUGCCGCCUGCCAUCAAUGUCGGCGCUGGUCAGCUCCUCAUGGGGCCAAGGAAGGAAUAUGGGAGGGCGCGGUACUCGCAGAAAAACGGCGGCAAGACGCCGCACAACGAUCCAAUGUCAGAGUCGCAACUGCAGCAACAGCAACAGAAGGAGAAGGAAAAGAAGAAGCGGAAAAAGGGCUCCCAAUCCUCCAAGAAUUCACUCCGAAAGGUGGCGGCUCAGGCGGGGCACGCAGCGAGUGGGACUGGGCGGACAAGAGUACUGCAUCCUUCCCCACCAUCCUUACCUUCCCGGAGAGCUACUUAACGGAGGAGCGAACAGGUCUGCACAGCCUACUGCACCGCCGAGAAAUACGACCUCCCGAGCGCGACGCGCCUCCUCCUCGCGCAAGGCUACACCCCCGACCCCCUCCUGACGGGACUGGACGAGCAGGUUAUCCACCUCCGCCUGCCCAUACCGAAUUCGACCCCGAGCGCGGAGACUGGGUAUCGGGCCGAGAAUGGGGACGUCUUCAUAUUCCCGUCGGGGAAUAUAGUGUCCUGGUCGCUGCCGCCGGAGGAGGUGAUGUCAGUGGGAAGGGUCAUUGAACCAGCGGGAGAUCGGGCGUAUGCUGAGGGGGACAUGGAGACAGAGGAUCUGGAGUAUGUCGAGGACUCCAGGAUACGCAGAAGUAGGAUCAUCGGUGACGUGAUUAUGCUGGGGACAGCGGGACGGGAGAACCAGGUUUUAGCGGAGGUGCAGGAUGGGUAUCCUCGUCCGUGCUCCUCCCAGAGCCUCCUCCCCCCGCCUCCAGUGCCGGUGCCGGCGCCGGCGGCAGCGCAAGCGCCAAAGGAUGAACUGACGACAACCCUCGCCAAGGUCGCCUUCUCCUCCGGCCUCUCACGGAGCACGAAACUGGCGGUGCUGGAAUCCCUCCUCGACUCCUACCUAACGACGACCCACACCAUCCCCACGCUCCUCUCCCGCGGUUCGAAGCUCCCCUUCACGCGCUCCUUCAUCCUGCGCAAGACUGGCGAGCUGCUGGAGUUUCGUGCGCGGCUGAACCUCUACUCCGAACUGACGGACUCGCUGCCCGACAUAUUCUGGGACUCGAGGCACGAGCUCGGACUCGAGGGGUAUUAUGACGCUGUCGGCCGCGCUCUGGACGUGGAUGUGCGCAUUCGACAGUUGAAUGCGAAGCUGGAUUACGCCUCGGGCAUUGUCGAGGUUCUCAGGGAGAGGCUGAGCGAGAGGCAUUCGCUCCUGCUCGAGUGGAUGAUCAUCAUCUUGAUCACCAUCGAGGUUGGCUUUGAGGUGCGUAGGCUGUGGGGUGAAGGACGAAGGAGCGAGGUUGAGGCGAGGGAGUAUAGGGAGUGGAAGGAGAGGAAGGAGAGGGAGGCGGAUGGUGAGUUUCAGAAGUGGAAGAGGGAGAUGGAGGGGGAGUAG